AUGGAUUCGCGCCGCUCUGCCACCCUUUUCGGGGUCCCAAUGAAGCACCUCACCUUGCUCACUUUGACUUUCCAGAAUUCCGCCUUGAUCUUGAUCAUGCACUAUUCACGAAUCAUGCCUACCGUUGAUGGCCAGCGGUACUAUACCUCGACCGCCGUGUUUCUCAAUGAAGUCAUCAAACUCGCCAUUUCGCUCACCAUGGCUCUCUACGAUCUUUCGCAAGACAUGCCGUCUUCCUCGUCUGCAACCGCACUAUUCACCGAGCUCAUACGCCGUGUCUUCACGGGCGACAGCUGGCGUUUGGCCAUACCCGCCAUGCUCUACACCCUGCAAAACUCUCUACAGUACGUGGCUGUGAGCAACCUGGAUGCAGCAACCUUCCAAGUCACGUAUCAAUUGAAGAUCUUGACUACCGCCAUCUUUAGUGUCACCAUGCUUGGACAAACCCUGGGUUUGAGAAAAUGGUCCUCGUUAUUCUUGCUCACGACAGGAGUGGCCGUUGUCCAAAUUCCUGCUAGCUCCAGCCCAGCCAUACCCACCUUCAAAGACCUAAGACAAGCCAAUGCAGGGCUUCAUUUUCCUCGGACAAUCCAAGAAAUGCGCGACAUGGGAAGCAGUGCUGCCGAGAAGCUGGUGAAGAGAUCUGCCACGUAUGAGGGCAUCGACAAGGACUUUGCAAUGCAACACCCUCAGCUCAAUGCUUCAAUCGGUCUAGCCGCCGUCUUGGUUGCUUGCGUAUUAUCCGGCCUGGCCGGCGUCUAUUUUGAGAAGGUCCUCAAAGAUUCUAGCAGCAAGACUUCUCUUUGGAUCCGAAACGUGCAACUAUCCUUCUACUCAUUGUUUCCAUCGCUCUUCAUCGGAGUCAUCUUCAAUGAUGGCGCUGACAUUGCAAAACACGGCUUUUUUUCAGGCUACAACUGGGUGGUAUGGAGUGCCGGCCUUUUGCAGGCUAUCGGUGGUGUUCUCGUGGCUUUGGUUGUCAACUAUUCUAACAACAUCGCGAAAAAUUUUGCCACGAGCAUGAGCAUAGUGAUCAGCUUCUUAGCAAGCGUGUGGUUCUUCCAUUUCAAGAUCACCACCAGUUACUUGAUCGGAACUGCAAUCGUUCUUCUGGCUACCUAUUUGUGGACUAGUGAUCAUGGGCCUCGUCCUUUGAAGAUUGUGGUUGCUGAAUACGAGAAGACCACCAUCGGCCACGAACAGCCAUACAGUGAUAACAGAGGCACCCCAAAUACAGCGUCAAGACCAAGCUUUAAGGAAGCUCUGACGACUAGCAGACCAAGCACUCCAGUCAAUUUCGAACGUCGUGGAGGUGGGUUCAAAAGAGAAGAAUGA